UACAUGAUUUUUGCAUUGCGCAUUUAAUUUGGUUCUUAACGAAGCCAAAACUUCACAUUGAGUGAAAUAUCGUAGCGUUUCACUUCCGAUACUUUUAAUCAUUUAUAAUGCUGUUUUUGAUACCUCCACCACCGCGAAAACAUUUUCUUCAGUCGUAAUGGAUGUUGUUUUUUAGUCGUUAUCCCUUCAGGGAUUGUGGCAAGGAUGGAAGAAGAAGACAAUGGUGGAAGGUUAGAGGUUGGAGAAAAACCUUCACCUAUCCAGCCUCCCUCUCCAAGGCCCCGCCCUGUGCCCCGUCCACGUAACCAAACCAAAGGACUCAGCAGUACAGAAAUGAAUGGAAAGCCUGUAAUUACAGCUCCUAAACCUAUGUUACCUCCAAAACCAAGACGCCCACCACCAAAUGCACCGGCUGCAAAACCCCCUGUUACUAAUCCGGGUGUUCUAUCAAAUAAUAACGAUGACGAGUUUCCAGUGGAUGAAGGAGGUUCGACAAAACAACAUUCAGUUACAGAGAAAAGUAAAGACAAAUUAUCAUCCACUAACACAAUGACUUCUGCAGAUAUCACAAACAGCACUGAAAUGGAACAUGUCAAAAAUGGACCUGAAAAAGUAGACUCCACAGAUGAACAGUGGUAUCAGCCUCUAAGACCACAGCCAGAUAGUGAUGAGUCUAGCUCAGAUGAUGGUUAUGAGAAAUUACCAACAACAGAAUGUAGUGAAGAAAGCAAGGCUACAGCCUCAAGACGUGAUGACUUGAGUGGGUCAGUUGGGAAAUCCUCCCCACCUGUACCUGGCAAAGUUAGCAACUGGGAUAGGAAAAUAUCUCCACCUGUCCAACGUAAAAUCAGUGACCUUAUUAACAAAAUGUCACCCCGUCUACCUCAUAAAAGUAGUGGUGUGGCUAGUGCAAUCUCCCCACAGCACCCUUCUCAGAAAGCUGAUGUGGAGAACACAAAAAAUAGAAGAAAUCUCGAAAGUUCAACUGCUGGUGAAAAGUCAAAGCCUUUGCCACCAAAGAAGCCUCUUCCUUCUUUUCCUAAAGGAAUGAGUACUCCUGGUCAAAAGCCUCUAAUGGGUGAACUCUCAUCAAGUAAACCAACCUCACAGCAAAAACCUUACCUUGAUUUAUCUUCGUCACCUAAAACUGAUCAGUCUCAAACAUCUGUUGCUGCUCUUGCACAAAAGUUAUCAACAAUACCUGUAUUUCCUUUUCGAGAUGACACAGGUAGCAAAACAGGAGGGGCUGCAUUUCCUUCACCUGUCACUUCCCCAUUGUCCUCACCACGUCCUUCACCUCGUAAUGCGACCUCAUCUGCAUCCCCGGACAAAUCAAAAUUUAAAUCUGCAACAGUAAUGGCAAAGGUCAGUGAAGUGGGAAAACCUGUGCUGUCUCCAAGACCUGGAACUUCACUGCCAAAAUCCCAGAGUCAGGUCAUAUCUCCUGAACAUGGGAAGGAAUUAAAGAAGAAUCGUCCAGAGCGACCCACUCCUCCAUCAGCAAAGGCUGUUGCAAGAGUUAGGUCACAAACACUGGAAAAUCUUGAAGAAGAGGAGAAUUAUCCAUCUGAUGAAGCUGUAAACAAGACACCUGGCCGUGCUAGGAAAUCGUCUUUACCUGAACAACGCAAGAAAAGAUUAGCUUCUCGUCCUCUGUCUCGGUGUGUAAACCCUCGCAUUUCAUCAGCUGAUCUUGCACAAGCCAGUAGACGGCCUCCACCUCUUCCACCAGGAGCUACUCCUAUAACUGAAAAACCACCAUCACUGAAAGUGCCACCAUUACCCGCAGUGCCACGCCCACGACCCAUGUCUGCUUACCAACAGACAGCAAGAGAUGCUCUGAAGCACACUGUGAGCAAGUCUGUGUCAGUAGGAGACAUACCAAGAGUUACAUCAGCUGAAGAUCAGUCUGAGUACUGUUAUGCCUAUAACCUUACUUCUGUAGGAGGGAUGCCACCCAGGCAAGCAGUUUCGCCUAAUCCAGCCUCGUUUGUGGUAGACAGCGGUACAUAUGUGACACCUGAUGAAAGCAUUGUCAAUGAGUUUAUGCAGGAUGUUUCAAAGGACAGUAUAUGUGCAACUUAUGAGGUUGCGGAUGAGCAAGCUGUGGCUGGACUUAUGACCAGUUUAAAAAAGAAACAGACAUUAAAUGGAUUGGCCGCUGAUGUGAGUACAGAUGACACAGAAUCAGACUUGUCUGACAGUGAUGAUCAUGAAUACUUGGAGCCACCAAUAGAACAAGGUGAAGAACAACCAGAUCACCAUGAUGAAGAUGAUGAUGAUGCUUCUUCAGAGAACUCAUUUUCAUCAGAUUCAUCGCAUGAAUAUUGUGUUCCACCUGAAAACCUUCGCCCUCCUGAGCCACCCUCAGAUGGAGAUGAAUAUGAUGAAUUGGAAGGAAUCUAUGUGGAGCCUCCUGUCAAGUCUCCAAGUGACCCGUUUUCUUCAGAUGAAGAGAGAGACGGUCUUUCCGAAGAGCCCUUAUACCAAGUAUACAACAGGCGCACUCUCCGACGUGAAAGAAAUCUGAGUCGUCGCAGACUGAGCAGCGAUGUGAGUGACUUGUCAGUAAAUGAUGAAGUAGAGGAGCUAACAAAAGGAACAAUGAGGAACAUGAGGAUGCUGUGGUGUGAACUACCAGAGGUUAAAGCAAGUGGAAUUUUAGACGGCAUGAAAUCAGAAGAACGCAAACGCCAAGAGGCCAUGUUUGAGGUGAUAACGUCGGAGGCAAGUUAUCUCAAGAGCCUCAACAUUCUAAGGUCACACUUUAUAAACUCGGAAGAGUUGUCCUCAGGUUCCUCCCUGUGUGUUCUAGAACGAGGCCAGUCUCAUGUGCUUUUUUCAAAUAUCAGUUCCAUUAAAGCCGUUAGUGAGAGUUUCCUCCAGGCUCUCCGAGCACGUCAAAAAGAGGCUGUGGUUAUAUCAUCUAUCAGUGACAUCAUUGAAGAGCAUGCCACAAAAUAUUUCGAAGUCUAUGUAAAAUACUGUUCCAACCAGAUCUACCAAGACAGAGCAUUAAAAAAUCUUAAGAAAAAUGUGAAAUUUCUUGAGGUAGUGUCGAAACUACAAUCAAGUAAUCAAGCGCAGGGUUUGACGCUACAGUCGUUUUUAGUUCUUCCCAUGCAGAGAAUAACACGGCUUCCCUUGCUUGUAAAUGCGAUUUGUACGCGAUGUGAACCAGGCAGUGAUGAGUUUGUCAAGUCAGACCGAGCUUUAGCUGCCAUCAAUAAGAUUGUGAAUGACUGUAACGAGGGAGCCAGGAAAAUGGAACGGAUGGAAGAAAUAUGUGUUUUACAAACACAGAUAGAGUUUAAAACGAAGCCCCUCGCCCUGGCCACGCCAUCGCGUUAUUUGCUCAGACGAGGUGACCUACUUCAAGUGGUGGAGGACUCCAAAAGUCCAUUGAAGUUAUUGAGACCCAAGUUUAGACCGAUAUACGUGUUUCUCUUCAAUGAUUUGCUGCUCUUGGCGAAGAAGAAGAGUGAUAAUCGUUACUUAAUCCAGGAUUACGCCACACGCACUAUGACUCAAGUUGAUGACCCGCCGCAGGACUGUAACAUUAAUGUUGAUCACAUGUUCUCUUUGGUUUUAUUGGAAAACUCCGAGGUGAAAACUAAAGAGUUCCUUCUCGCUGGCAACACUGAAACUGACAAGACUCGUUGGAUGGAAGCGUUCAAACCCCCUGUAGCCGAACAAGAAGGAGAAACAGUUUAUGCUGAUUGGGACUGUCCACAAGUAAACGCUCUUCACAAUUACACUGCUCAACAACCCGACGAGCUCUCUCUUUACGAAGGUGACGUCAUCAAUGUCUUGAAAAAGCUCCCGGAUGGGUGGUAUCAUGGAGAGAGGUUAUGUGAUGGAACUCAGGGCUGGUUUCCAGCCAAUCAUACCGAAGAAAUACUGAAUGAUCACGUCCGGGCCCGAAAUUUACGUCAGCGGUAUAGACUGCUAGCAGCUUCUCAACAUUUAAUUGGUGGAACAUUAAGGACAUAAUUAUCCUUGGAAUGUUAAAAAUUUUGAAUUUUAGUCUCAAUCGUGUUUCCAAAAUUCAUUUAUAUUAUGUAAAUAGUGAAGCCAGAAUGUUUUUAGCUAAAAUACAUAUUUUAGUACAAUAUUUUUAUAGCAGUAGGAUUUCUGCUUGUUUUUACCAGCCUAUGACUAUAUAUUUUUUGGAAUUAAGUAUAAUUGUUUUCUACUUGAUGGAAGCGCAGUAAUGUUGCUGGAACAAUUGAUCCUAGGUGUACAGUUUUGGAUUCGAUUUCCUUCCUCUAAUUAAUAACGAAGCCGAGUUUAAUUAACGUCAAUCAGCAAAUUGAAAUGUUCAGUAGAAUAUAGAAUAAUUGUUUGAGGCCUGGGUAUGGUACCAGGAAUGAAAUGAAUAGACAACGCACAAACGCCUUUAUCACUGCGUAUCAAAUUCUUACUUUUUAAUGGUAUGAUGGAUGUAUGUACGAUGAAAAUGAAUUGUUUUUAUUCACCCCGUCAUCAUAUACGAUGAGUAAUUAGGGGACGGAGAAUCUGUUUUCCAGGAUGUCCGCCCCCUCCCC